UGUCUAGACCUCUCCUUUCCUUCCACCAAUCACCUGCUAAUCCCAGAACCCAUCCCUAAACCUUUUCCAAUGCGAUUCCUGCCUUCAGUCCAGCACAGGGAGAGAGACAGAUUUGAACUGGACUCCUGUGUCCUAGGGAGCUGAGAUAGUAUCUCACUCUGUAGCCCAAGCUGGAGUGUAGUGGCACAAACACAGCUCACUGCAGCCUCAACCUCCCCAGGCUCAGGUGAUCUUCUCACCUCAACCUCCUGAGGAGCUCGGACUACAGGUGCACGCUCCUCAGGAGGUUAAUACCUGGCUAUUGAAAUUUUUUUUGUAGAGGUAGGAUCUCGCUGCAGUGCCCAGGCUGGUCUCGAACUCCUGGGCUCAAGCAAUCCUCCCAACUGGGCCUCCCAAAGUGCUGGGAUUACAGAUGUGAGCCACCGCGCCCAGCCUGGAAGUUGACUUUCCAUGACAAGCUUUUCUUUUCUUAAAAACCCAGCGUCAUAGCAUCAGCUUCCAGCACAUGGCUACAGGCCCCUUUUGCUUGAUAACGGUUUCUAUGGAGACGUCUGUGAUGCCACCACUGCUCCCAGGGGCCCACAGGACCUGGAGCUCUGGAAGCUGAUCCUCCCACUGACCAACCAGCAGGUCUAUGCUCAAGGCUGUCUUUCCCUCGACUCCAGCCAGGCUGAAGAGAGGUCCACGGGAACAACCAGGGCUGCCCUCAUUUAGGUCCUCAUUCAGGCAGCAAAGCUCACUCCGUCUGUGUGUCCCACACCUCAUGUUACCUAGGGAUGCCAGCGUGUCUGAGAGGCACAGUUCAAUGUCCAGCUCGAUAGCCAGGGGCCUGGCACUCCUCCAGAGUGUGGUGGCCAGCCAGGAUGCCCAGUGCCCAGAAUGGAAACCGCACCAAGAGCCACCCGUGCUCAGCAAGUCGGCCCAGACCAUCAACCACUACUACGGGAAGAUGAGUGAGCCCAAUGACGCCGCCAGCCUCACAGGCUUCAUGUCCGAAAUGGAGGAACUGCGAAGGCUGUUCCUCAAGCGCCCUGACUGCCCCCAGUUCAGCACCAGGGCCACGUCCAUUUCCCAUUGUGGUUCACCCACCGAGGCUGGUUUGUCCGGGGAGCUAUACCGCAGCUCGGAGACCUGGAGGGGUGCCCAGGACCUGCUCUUGGCCAGGCGGAGCUCAGACACGAACGUGGACGGGCGCCUCCUCCCACACAGUAAGAGUGCCUGUGAGCUCAACUACUUUCGGAAAAGGAGCGAAUCCCAGACUCUGAGUCCGGUCACCAGCAGCUCAGUCGCAUCCCAGAGCUGCCUGAGAAAGAGGACGCCCUGGUACCUCUUAGCCAUCCACGAGAAGGAUCACUGCCUGUCCAAGCUGGAGAUACAAGUUCAGAAGAAAGAUGAGGAGAUCCUGGUGCUCCAGGAGGAGCUGGAGGCCCUGAGAAAGCAGCUGAAAUGCCCCCUCAAAGGCAAAGGCCAAGAGACAUCCAUGUCCUCAGGCCAGAAGGAGCGGUCCUCAGACGCUUCGCUGAAGCUGGGCAAGCUGAGCCUCCUGAAGGCCUUCUCCAGAGAUGAGGAGGAGCUGCAGCGAUGGUGGCAGAUGCAGGAGGAGUCUGCGGUGCCGCCAGAGAGGGGCAAGGAGCCGGACUUGGGAGGCAGCGAGGAUGAGGGCCUGGAAGGGGAGCGCAAGGGGGCGGAGGAUGUGGGCGCCGGAGGAGGUAUGGGCCGGAUGGGGACUGUGCAGGAGGAAGAAAUAGAGGAGGAAAAGGAGGAAGGGGAUGGGGAGGAGGACUCAGAGGAAAGGGAGCUGCCGGAGGACGACGAGUUCCCCAGGAGAAGGGCCUCCUCCCUGGCCAAGUCGUUUGAGGAGGAGCUACUGGCCCAGCUGGAGGAGUAUGAGCAGAUCAUCCUGGACUGCCAGUUCAAGCUGGAAACCACCGGAACCAGAUAUUGCCUUGCAACAGGAGUGAUCGCAUCUUUACAACAACAAUUGGAUUUCCAAGAAUCACAACUGCGAAAAGUCAAUUCGGAAAAUGAGACGCUGCAGAAGGAGCUUCGAGAGCGGAGGCAGCAGCUACAAGCUAUGACCGACAAGUUCUCCAACCUCCGAGAAGAUAAGAAACACCAAGAGGUGAUGGGGCUCAUUGAGAAGGACAACCAGCUCCUCCGACAGCAAGUGUCAAAACUGGAGAGAAAGCUCACCAAGCAGGACCACGUCAUCUCAGAGUUGGACUCCAAGGUCAGCCAGCUGCAGGAGCAGGUGGAACUGGACCAGAACCACCUACAGAGGUGGAAGCAGUUGCAGGAGGAUCUGCAGAGCAAGAAGGAGGUGAUUCAGCAGGCGGAGCAGCAGGCCCACGUGGCCCUGGAGAGCGCCCAGUCCAGGCUUGAGAGGCUACGGAAUAAGAUCAUCCAGGCCACCUUCAGCAUCUCUGGGACCAAGUCCUUGGCCAACGAGAUCUCUGACGAUGACAUCCUAGAAGCCCUGCAGAGAAUUAUCUCAGAGAGAAGCGACUACUAUAAUCAGCUGAAGCAGAAAGGUGUCAAAGUGCUCCCCCUGCAACAAUCAGAGACCUUCCUGACCAGCAAAUCCAAGAGGAGGCCCUCCAAGUAGCCCCAGCCAGGUGUCCAAAAUGCGGUCAGCUCAGCAGAGGCCAGGGACCAGCUCCAGAACUACCUGCCCCCACCAUGCGUCCUGUUCUCGGACUCAGAAUUAAACCCUGGUGUUGGCACUGUCCCACCUUUUUCUUCUCUGGGAUCCAUGUGGGGUCCUACUCUCCUCUGCGACCUUAGGGUACAACAACGCCCCCAUUCCAAAGCUCACUGACUGGGGAUCAGCACACCAGCCUGUGCCACUAGCUCCUAGCAGGUCCCCUCUAGGCCCCAGGCUGCAGGAGGCCUGGGUCGGGGUGUCCGCGCAGCACUCAGCACAGGCCUAACGCCUACUGACCAGAGGGGGUGUGUGAUCUCCAGCCCUGGGGGCUCUCCUGGCUGGGGCACUCUCUUGCUGGAGGACUCCUCUGAAAGAUGGUGAGUGUCGGGGACUCUGUUCUCAUCCCCCCCACCCCCGCUCCCGGAAGGAAAGCUUUACGGACAGGGACGGUGUCUGUGUUCCCCAACGCUUCCCCGACGCCUCGAAGGCUCUGGGCGCCUGAACUCCUGCGGAAGGAAGGACUCUCCCAUAGCCCUUCUCUGCUCCCCACCCACACCUGCUUCCCUUCCCGCCGCGAACACCAAGCUUGGGCCACGUGCGGGCGCCACACCUCUCAAGCCAUGGAGUAGGACGGUACCCACGGCCGGGUCCUCAGUCCCCAGGACUCAGACCCAGACGCGCCCAGAGCCUCUCAGUCUCCUCCGCGUUGCAGCCGGGUCCCCGCGGGGCUGGGGAGCUCCGGGCGUCGGAGGAGCUGCAGCAGGGGUGAAGGAGGUUGGAGACCCUGGAGGCCCCAAGGCGGGGCGUCUGAG